AGGUUUGCGUAAGUUUACUGUCAUGGCUGCGCCCAUCGCGCUCAUUCAGGGAGCGAGCAGAGGACUGGGACUUGAAUUUUGUAGACAUGUUUUGAAAAACAAACCCCUCGCUGGUGUCAUAGCGACCUGCCGGGACCCGGACAGAGCCGUGGAACUGCGGGGCCUGGCCGACCAACACCCGGGCAGAGUGACGGUCCUCGGGCUGGACGUGGACCGGGAGGAGGACAUCCGCCGAGCUGCGGAGCGAGUUACGGAAAGUUUUGGUCGACUGGAUCUGGUCGUAAACUCCUCAGCCAUGCUCCAUCCGUCCGGGAAAGGAGAGACCAGCCUGAAAGAGGUUUCUGCACAGGACCUCAUUUCAACGUUGACGACCAACACAGUGGGUCCACUAAUUAUGGCAAAACACUUUGCCCCCCUCCUUCGGAAGGGCGGAGGUGGUUUUGGCCAGCAGCCUGUAGAGAAAGCCAACAGGCACAGUGGUAUCAUUGUCAACAUCACUGCCAAAGUGGGGUCCAUCAGUGACAACGGUCUUGGUGGUUGGUACAGCUACCGAAUGUCUAAAGCAGCUCUCAAUAUGGCCACGAAGAAUCUGUCUAUUGAGCUGGGACGCCAUCGACCCAAAGUGGUGUGUGUGUCCUUGCAUCCAGGGACAGUGAACACAGAUCUCUCCCGGCCAUAUCACCGGAACGUCCCAAAAGACAAAUUGUUCAGUACACAGCACUCUGUGAACUGUCUGAUGAGCAUCAUAGACACGCUGAAUGUCGAGAAGACUGGUAAAGCAUACAGCUGGGAUGGGACUGUACUGCCUUGGUAAAAUGUAACAAAAAAAUGGAGAAUGUAUUCACCCGCUGUUGUCCUGUCUGUCCAGACUGAGCCAUAAACUGGAGUUUGUACUGAGAAAGCAUGAGAUUUGAAGUUUGAGUUGUAGAGUCACAAUCUGAACAGUCAGAGACAGACUUUGUCCACAGCCUUCUACAUAGGUUUGUUGCUUAUAGUGUGAAUGAAUGCUUGGUGCAAUACAAUAUACAUACAGUUAUGAACUAUUUACCAGAUGAUGGCAGCAUUUCACAAAUCUGACCGCACUGGUUUCCACAAUGGCCCUAAAUAAAUGAAAUAAUGAGAUUGUAAAAAUAAUCCAUGCAUCCAUUUUCGACUGCUUAUCCGGGGACGGGUCGUGGCAGCAGUCUAAGUAGAAAGGUCCAAGGCGUUCCCAAGUAAGCCGAGAGACAUGGUCCCUCCAGCGUGUACUGGGUCUUCCCCAGGGCCUCCUACCUCCUCCUAUUACAAAGAUUAUGGCAUUUGUUUUGCUUUUGUAGCAUAAAGUUGUAUACUGUAAGAAUAUUUUCAUGUACAUAUGUUUAAUAUAUUUUUACUUGUAAUUGUCUUGUAGUUCAAGGAAUUUACUUCAGUGGCAAAUAUAGGCCACUGUGUCCAUUUGAUAAGUACAGUUUAUAACAGUUUCAUGAAAGAUGUAUCCUGGUGUGAAUAAAUUAUUUUAUUUGAAGGA